CAGCGGCAGCAGCGCCUCGUCUCCAGCGAGAGAGCGGAGGUCCCCCGCCCCCCUCCAACAGCAUCCAUUUAAAGCCUCGGUGUGUUCCACUGGUCAAAUCAGCCCCGCAUCUCUCCCCGGAGUCAGACCACUCCUCACCGGGAUGUCAUCGUCGAGCAACGGGCGCGGAUUUAGCCCCGAGAGCCUACGAUAGUGGAGGAUUAUCCGUUGUAAAUUGUUCCGUUUUUUUUUCUCCCACCGGACCAGAACGCGGCGCGUGGAUGAAGACGGGAGGAGACAAAUAACGGUUUUAUGUUUCUUUUAUUUAAAAAAAAUUUAAAAAAAAUAACCGUUGAGGUUUUUUCAGCUCGCUCGCGCACGCGAACGUUACCGGAGCCGUUGGUGCGUCUCUCUCUCUCUCUCGGGCCGACGCGGUGUGUUUUCCCCCACGAACAAACGGCCCUUCACCUCUUUUAUAUUUUAUAUGAACGCGGAGACGCGAAGGGGGAGACUUUUACCUCCCAAAGGAUAACCACCGGAGCUCCUCGCUAGCCUCCCAGCGGUUAAGCUAGUUAUUUAUUUAUUUAUUUAUUUGUAUUGUUAUUUCUCUCCUCUCUCGUCUGUCUAUCGCCCGUGAAGAACGAGAUGGUGGCGGAGGAGGAGUGCACGUGAACGGACACACACUCUCUCCAUGAAGGUCAUGAUACUGAGAGAAUGAUCAUGCUGGAAAAACAGAGCUCGACGCAGGAGAUCGGCGAGGAGGCCGAGGAGGACGCCGUCUUCACCAUCACGCUGAGGAAGGUGCAGCUCCACCAGUCGGCCAGCAAAGGGCAGCGGUGGCUGGGCGUGGACACGGACUCGGCCCUGAGCCUCUACGAGACCUGCAAGGUGCGGACCAUCAAGGCCGGCACGCUGGAGAGGCUGGUGGAGUACAUGGUGUCGGCCUUCAGGGGCAAGGACUCCACCUACGUCACCAUCUUCCUCUGCACCUACCGCUCCUUCGCCUCCACCAGGCAGGUGCUGGACCUCCUGCUCAACAGGUACGCUAAGCUACAAAACGUGCCGGCAGCCGCGGCUCACCGAGUCUCCCAGGACGACUGCACUGAGCUGAGGAACACCGUCUCCUCCAUCCUGGGCGCCUGGCUGGACCAGUACUCGGAGGACUUCUGGAGCCCCCCGAGCUACGACUGCCUGCACCAGCUCAUGUCCUACCUGCACCGCCACUUCCCCGGCUCGGACCUGGAGCGCCGCGCCCGCAACCUGCUGGCCCACUUCCACCGCCGGCAGCAGUGCGAGCCCGACGCCGACGGUACGAGGGCGGGACAGGAGAGGGACGCCAGCAGGGCGGGGACUCCAGGAAAAGGGGGCGAACACAUCGGAUGCCCCUUCGCCACGCAGGAAGAGAGCGGCUUUGAGGACGAGCUUCCUGCGUUCAGCUUCCUGUCCUUUGACCCCAUCAUGGUGGCGGAGCAGUUCACCCUCAUGGACGCGGACCUGUUCAAGAAGGUGGUGCCCUACCACUGCCUGGGGGGGAUCUGGUCUCAGCGGGACAAGAAGGGCAAGGAGCACCUGGCUCCCACCAUCAGAGCCACCGUGGCCCAGUUCAACUCCGUCACCAACUGCGUCAUCACCACCUGCCUGAGCAGCCCCACGCUGAAGCCCACCCAGAGGGCCCGGCUGCUGGAGCGCUGGAUCGACGUGGCCCGGGAGUGUCGGAUCUUGAAGAACUUCUCGUCGUUGCGAGCCAUCCUCUCCGCCCUGCAGUGCAACGCCAUCCACCGCCUGAAGAGGGCCUGGGAGGAGGUGUCCCGGGAGAGUUUCCGCACCUUCCGCGAGCUGUCGGAGAUCUUCUCAGACGACAACAACUACUCCCUCAGCCGAGAGCUGCUGGUGAAGGAGGGAACGUCCAAGUUCGCCACUUUGGAAAUCAACCCCAAAAGAGCUCAGAGGAGACACCAGCAGCAGAGAGACCACCUGGGAGUGAUGCAGGGGACGAUUCCCUACCUGGGGACCUUCCUCACGGACCUGGUGAUGAUGGACACGGCCAUGAAGGACUACACUGAGGGUGGUCUGAUCAACUUCGAGAAGAGAAGAAAGGAGUUCGAGGUGAUCGCUCAGAUCAAGCUGCUCCAGUUGGCCUCCAACAACUACAGCUUCACUCAGGACGGACACUUCAGGGACUGGUUCUCCAGCGUGGAGAAGCUCAGCGAGGCCGAGAGCUACAACCUGUCCUGUGAGAUCGAGCCUCUGUCCGAGUCGGCCUCCAACACGCUGCGGGCCAAGAAGAACGGCGGCAUCAUGAAGCGCUGGAGCGACCGCCAGCUGACGGAGGCCGGCUGCAGCGGCGCUCCGGGCUCUCACUCCAAGUCCUUCGACCACUCGCACUACCGGCCGUACCAAGGGGGCGGGGGUGGAGGAGGAGGAGGAGGAGGAGGAGGAGGAGGAGGAGACAGCGGCGACGCGCUCAGCGUCACCUCCGUCAGCUCCAGCGGGUCAGACCUGGAGGACGUGAACGCCAGCUUCCUGUCCGACUCCCCGGAGGGACACGAGAGGAAGACGUCGACUCCCUCGGUGAAACUCACCGUCUCUGCUUUGGGGAGAGAAGCUCCGUCAGCCGACACGACGUCAACGUUCUGGGAGUGCACCUCCCUCUCCUCCCUGGACACCUCCGGCUCGGCCUCGGGCUCCAGCAGCGCCUCCUCCUCCUCCGUCUCCUCCUCCACGCCGCUCUCCGCCUCGCGCUCACACAAGCGCUCCGUGUCGGCCGUGUCGAACUACUCCACGCUGUCGCUGCCGCUGUACAACCAGCAGGUGGACGACUGCUGCAUCAUCAGGGUCAGCCUGGACGUGGAGAACGGCAACAUGUACAAGAGCAUCCUGGUGACGAGUCAAGACAAGACUCCGGCCGUCAUCAGGAAGGCGAUGAUCAAACACAACCUGGAGCGAGAGAAGACCGACGAGUACGAGCUGAUGCAGCGGAUCUCUGAGGACAAAGAGCUUCGGAUCCCGGACAACGCCAACGUCUUCUACGCCAUGAACUCCACCGCCAACUACGACUUCGUGCUGAAGAGGCGGGGCUUGGCGCGGCCGAUGCGCGCCAAGAACGUGGCGAGCUCGACGCUGCCGCGCAUGAAGCAGAAGGGACUGAAGAUCGCCAAAGGGAUUUUCUGAGGAGAAAACUCGUCUACUUCCUGCCUCCCCUCCUCCUCCUCCUCCUCCUCCUCCUCCUCCUCUUCCUCCUCUUCCUCCCUCCUCUUCAUCCCCCUCUCUGGCCUCUCGCUCCUCAGAGGAAACGUUGGCGUCCGGAAGCUUUUCCGAGUUUUGGUUUUGGACAAAGACGCCAGAGGAGACAAUGUCCGACCUUCAGAAAGCAGAGGGGCCGUCGUAGCCUCGUCGGGACCCCUUCGAGGACUUUAAAAAGGUCGGGAAACGGGAAGAGUCGGCGUCCCCUGAAGGACUCGUCUGCUCGUGGAGGAGCAGGUUUUCUACUCCCCGUCCGUUACUUUACGUUUACAAACCGUUUACGACUCUAAAAGCUCUUCAAUGUUUUUCUUUUCUUUCAAAGCCUCUUUUACACAAAAGAAAGUCCCUCUUUGACCCCUGACCUCCAGAGGUCGUGUGCGCCCCCUGCUGGUUGUACAUACGCGGACGAUACAGGAAGCUGCCGGGUCUUUCCAACGGUUUCUUCAGGGAACUUUAUUUUUUUUCCACGGACACAGGGACUCCUUUUGAGGGACUAUUUGAAGCGUGUGAGCGCUGCCAUGUUACGGGGCGGGGGAGGGGGCGGGGCAGAGAUCCAGAGGGCGUCGCCAUCUGUACGAACAUCGAUAUCGAGCAACGCCGACCGUGCAGUAUUUUAUUUUGAGAACGGACCGUGAGAUUUUGUUAAUAGACUCGACCGAGAUAUUUUUCUUCUUUUUGCUUUUGUACAUUUAAAAAAAAGAAAAAGGAAAUGUUUUGCAUCUCACUGAUACGGUGCUGCUAAUUAUCUCUUCUUCUUCUUCUUCUUCUUCUUCUUCUUCUUCUUCUUCUUCUUCUUCUUCUUCUUCUUCUUCUUUCCUGAUGUUUAAUCUGUCGAACCAAUAGAAGCCAAUUUCUGCCAGGAAAACAAAAACAAACAGGCAAAAAUAAGAAUUAAACUACUCAAUACAAAGUUAGAAUUCAUGAGUUUGAAUUUCCACGAAUGACAAAUUCAUCUUCAGAUUGUUCUUCGUCAAAAAAAAAGGAAGAAGAAUGAAUGAAAACCACAUUUUGACCCUGAAACCAAAAGAAUUACAAAAAUUAAAACAAAUAUUUUUAGCUAAUUAUUCAUUAAUUGUUCAUUAAAAUUAUUAUUAUAUAUUUGGAUAAUAUGGAGAAAUACUGCAAAUAAAAAAUAUAUAUAUUUUUUUUUUUUUCUCGGACAACAAACUGAUGUUCUGGUUUAACCAGAAGAAGAAGAGUCUCUCUCUCUCUCUCUCUCUCUCAUUCUCUCUGUCUCUGUUAUUAUCUCUCUCUCUCUCUUUCUCAGAAAGUAUGAGGAACGAUUUUGGCGAUUUAAUUUUUUUUCCCAGAUAUGGAAAAAAAAUCGUCAAACUACAGAAAAGCUCCUUAAAUCUUUCCGUGAGACGCAGAACAAAAGAACAAAAGAACCGACUCUUCUCUCCGUUCCGUCGGUUUCUCUAAAGGAACAAUUCAAACCUUCUCCUGAAGAGUCUACAUUUCCUUUUUUAUUCCCCGCGAAUACAAAGUUGAGACAUUAACGGCUGCGAAGCGUCAGCGGCCAUUUUUAAUUCUCAGUGCUGCUAAAUCAUGACAUGACAUGACAUGACAUGACAUGACAUGACAUGACAUGACAUCAUCUCAUCACACAGAUCAAAACGUUACUUCUGAAACGAAAAGGGACCCGAAAGCUGACGAGAGCAGCUUCUCACUUCUGGACUUACUCUCCGUUUCUUUAAUGUUUUUAUUUUUUAUUCUUCUGACUUGUAAACGGGCUCUUAAAUAUGCACUUAAUGCCUCUUACAUGUAGGAACACGUCGUCACGGUGACGGUCCACACGGGAGGAAACGGAAAUAAAUAAAAAAGUAUUACGACGAGGACGCGUGUCAUGAAAUGCACGUCCUGCUUUCACAAGAGGACAUUAAACAUUAAACAUUAAAGUUUAUUUCUCCUCCGAGGUCACAAACCGUCGUUAAACACGUCGAGACAGUCGGAGCGCGUGAACGUGUUUGCAAUGCACCCUGGGAAAUGUAAGCAGUCACAGAUUAAGGGAAUGUCUGACGAUGGAUUCACACCCCCCCCCCCCCAUGAAAUCCUUUCGCUGUUGAACACUGUGACCUUUGACCCCGUUCACUCUGCCUGUCGAUCGCUGUGACCGAACCGUAAAUAAAUAAGUAAACAAGUAAACAAAGCGUGCGUUCCCCCUCAACGACGUCGUGGUGAACAUCGAGCUCGACGGGCGCGAAACCUCCAUGUGCCAAAAAAAAUAACAAGAAAAAGAGAAACGGUUGCUUUUACCAGAUGAGUCCUCUUUGCCUUUUAACAGUGAGUUUAAAAAAAAUAAUAAUGUUUGUAUGUUUACUGUUGUCGCAUUUUUCUGGAAAACAAAACAACAACAACAACAAAAUAAAGGGGUGAGAACA